UUUACACGGUUGUUGAUAAAUCAACUUGUUGGUUGACGUAUAGAGAGUUAAGACAGACUCCUUCAAACCUGAGUCCACCAUUUUCAGAUGGGUAAAAGUUAGCAUUAAUCAAGAAGCUGAAUAAUUGUCAUGGAAAACCUUCAGAGCCACGGAAUCCAUAUCCCUCUGUUUCCUAUUUUUCUCUGUCUCCUUCAGUUUUCUUCAUUUCGGCUUAUCUCCUUGGCUUACGAUCUGCCAGAGAAGUAUUUCAUCAAUUGCGGUUCAAACGCAAAUGUAAACUACACUAGCCGGACUUUCACCGGCGACACGAACACCGGUUACGUCACUAAAGGAGACCAUGGUAGUGCUGCCACAGAUAGAAACCAGUCGGUGGAUGGGUCUUCUCUCUACAAAACAGCAAGAAUUUUCAAGCAACAAUCUUGGUAUGAAUUUGAAAUCGAUACUUCUGGUCCUCAACUGGUACGCCUUCAUUUUUUAGCUUUUACCUCUACUACUACCGAUGAUCUAUCAACAGCUAUUUUCGAUGUUUCGGCUUCUGAGUUCUUGCUGUUGCAUAAUUUCACUGCCAGAAACAAUAAAAGCUCUCCUCUGAUAAAGGAAUUUUUUCUUAGCAUCAAUUCCCCCCAACUCCGGAUUUAUUUCACACCUCAAGGCUCAUCUUUUGCAUUUAUAAAUGCCAUAGAAGUCUUCCUUUCCCCUACAAGUUUCUACAAUAAUGGCACUACGAAUAGUCUAUCCUAUCCAUUUUUACAGACACUAUACAGGGUUAAUGUUGGGGGUCAAGCAAUCAAACCAGAUAGCGACACUGUAUGGAGAAACUGGGACCAAGAUGAUAUUUAUCUCUCUAAUCCAAGCAAUGCAAAGAAUAGCCUAUUCUACUCUGCUAAGCCUAAUUAUGUAGGAAAUAUGAGUGAUUUUAUAGCCCCAGAUUUGGUCUACCAGACUGCCAAGGUAAUAGAUAACAACAAUAGCAGUGAAUCCAACAACUCUAACGCAACCUGGUCUUUCAAUGUGAAUAAGACUGCUUCGCAUGUCGGCCGGGUCCAUUUCUGCGACACUGUUAGCAAAUCCCUCAACACUGUGAGCUUUACUCUGUAUAUAAAUGAUAAUGCGAGCCUGAUAGUCAAUUCUAUUGAUUUUGUCGACCAGUUGGCUGCUCCUUUUUUUGUUGAUUUUUCGGUUGAGCCUGAUGGUUCAGGAAUCCUGAACGUCAGUAUAGGAACUUUGAGUAACUCUACAGACAAAAAGGCAUACCUAAAUGGGCUGGAAAUAUUGCAAGUAAAAGAGGGAUUUGCUUCGGUUCCUGUAGAGAACAAUUCCAAGAAGAUAAAUGUUGCUGUUAUAAUUGGUUCGGUUGCUGGAGGUCUCGCUGUUAUCAGCAUUUUGGUAAUCGGGUUCUUGUUUGUUUUGAAACGCAGGAAGUCAAGGCCUGUGGAGACUUAUGACUGGUCACCAGUGCCUGUAUUUGGAGCAGGUAGUUCACACAGCAGACUUACAGAGUCAACCAUCCAUGGCUCCCCUGCACCUGAUCUACAUCUUGGUUUGAAGAUUUCUUUCCCUGAAAUUCAGUUUGCAACAAACAACUUUGAUCCAAGGCUGCUGAUUGGAAAGGGUGGUUUUGGCAGUGUCUAUAGAGGAACUCUUCCAAACGGUAAACAAGUAGCUGUCAAACGAGGUGCACGAGAGUCAGGCCAAGGCCUUCCAGAAUUUCAGACAGAGAUCAUGGUUCUGUCUAAAAUCCGACAUCGUCAUCUUGUGUCCUUGAUUGGGUAUUGUGAUGAAAGAUUUGAGAUGAUAUUGGUUUAUGAAUACAUGGAAAAGGGGACUUUGAGGGAUCAUCUAUAUAAUUCAAACCUUCCUCGCUUGUCAUGGAAGCAAAGACUCGAAAUUUGUAUCGGCGCAGCAAAUGGUCUUACCUACCUCCACAGAGGUGCAGCAGGAGGAAUCAUCCAUCGUGAUGUCAAGUCUACCAACAUCUUGCUUGAUCAAAACCAUGUAGCAAAAGUUGCUGAUUUUGGCCUUUCCAAAUCGGGUCCUCAAGACGAAACCCAUGUUAGCACAAGUGUAAAAGGCACUUUGGGUUAUCUGGAUCCUGAGUAUUUUAGGUGCCAACAGUUGACAGAAAAAUCUGAUGUUUUCUCAUUUGGGGUAGUUCUUCUUGAGGUUCUGUGUGCAAGACUCCCUAUUGAUAACUCGCUUCCAAGGGAGCAAAUGAAUUUGGUUGAAUGGGGAUUGUAUUGCAAGAAAAAAGGAGUGCUCGAAGAGAUUAUUGAUCCCUCACUGAGGGGUCAAAUUGAUCCAAAUUCACUAAGAAAAUUCAGUGACGUAGCAGAGAAAUGUUUGCAAGAAGAUGGUGCUGAUAGGCCUACAAUGAGUGAUGUGAUAUGGGACUUGGAGUAUGCAUUACAGCUUCAGCAAACCGCAACUCGCAGGGAACCUCACGAUGACACAACUACUGGUUCAUCCGCACUCAUAUUGCCUGAUGUACAGCGUUUUCCCUCACUUAGCACCACAAUUGACAGGGACGAUAUCCCUAUAUUCACCAACGAUUUCUCAAGCACUACAGGAGACGAAAUUUUCUCCCAACUGAGAGUUAAUGACGCCAGAUAAAUACCAUCUUGUGAGGUAUAAGUAUUUUUCUUGUCUUUAUCAUUUCUUAGCUGUGUUGUAAGUGCUUUUCUAUUUCUAAUCUUUAAAUUUGGUCAAAACAGUCCAAUUGUACUAUAAUAAUAUGUAAAAACUUUUGGGUUCAAUAAAAUAAAAUGUAAAAAGGUUUAGACUCUUUC